AUGGGUGUACUGUACUCCAAGCCAAAGGGGGACGACAUGGGAGACGGCAUGCCAACCCAGAAUAUACACGACGAUCUCUCCCAAGCUCUAAGCCCUGCCAAUCCUCCUCCCCAUCCUAUAACAGGCGAUAUCCUCCCCCUCGUCCUCGCUCACCUCGGACACGGCGAUCUCGCGCGAUGCCUCCGGGUCAAUCAUCAAUUCUUCGGUUGCGCCGGCCGUUUGCUGUACAAGGUCAUCGAAUUUCACCUCUCUACCUCGGAACAGCCGAGUUAUGCUCCAAAGCUCUUCACAGGCAUACGUGCCAAUCGGUCUCGGUACGAAGCGCUGAAAGCCUACCUUGGCGGCGGUAUGGCAGUCCCAUCCUCCACCAAAAUGGAGCUGUUGUCGUUCACCCAAGACCUCCAGUACGCCGUCCACCCCCUUACCGACUGCAUAUUUCACCCUGUGACGGAUCUCCUACCCUCUCUUGUCUACCUCAACAUCUUCUUUUCUAAUUCCCGUCCUAUUCAGGGCGCCACCUGCGAAUGGUCCUGCCCCAUCCUCGACUCGAUCGCUCCAACGCACAUCCGCAUCGUGGACGGCCGUCUCGUCCGCCAUCUCGAGCCCCACAUACCUCUCGGUAGCCUCUUCUAUUCCUCUAUCCAAGAAAUUAUCAUGUACGUCGAGACGACGACUAUCAACGGAUCGGACGCCGACCGGAGAUUCUCUCCAUCGAGUGGCCAGCGUCUAUGGCGCGUCUCACGCUCGUCCUCAACCGUCAAGUGGCGUCCUCUUUCCAACGUCCUCCCGGUACUCGCAAUGACCGAGAAGGAAUCGGACGGAACCGCGGAAUUUACCUACUCGGUGGUCCACCAUCUCCUCGCCGCCGAGUGGGUCGGCGCCAAGAUGACGGUCUACGUCUUCCAGGGCCUCGUAGGGUUCGUCGUCGGUCCGGACGAUGAGGGAGGCAGGGAUCCAUGCGAUGCUAAGGGGGAAAUAUUCAGGCGGGAGAUUUUCGGCGGGUGCCGGGAAGGGCUAAGGAACCCGUUUGAAAAGGCGCGAAUGAUGCUCGAGCUGGUACUUCGUCAAGGCCUGAAUCCAGUCGUCAAGGGGCGAGCCUUUGGAUAG